AUGGCUAAAAUUAUCUAUGGAUUUAUUCUCAUAUUUGCCAUGACUUAUGUCAUUCAACUUGUCACUGCGGGCGGUGAAGGAUCACUUACUCCCGAUCAAUGUCCUGGCGCAUGCGACGUUCGUUGCUCAGCCACUCAAUACAAGAAGGCUUGUUUGACCUACUGUAACUUAUGUUGUAAUAAAUGUUUAUGUGUCCCAUCAGGAACGUAUGGCCAUAAGGAAGAAUGUCCAUACUACAAUAACUGGAAGACCAAAGAAGGCGGACCAAAGUGCCCAUAAUUCAAGUUUAUUUGUGUUUAUAUAUACUGUUG